CAAAUCGCACAGCCAAAUCGGGGACAAUUGCGAGCCAACUGAUUCGAACAAACCGAGCGCCGAGAAAACAGAGAGAGAGAGAGAGAGAAGGGACAGAAGCAGAGCGCCAUGGCAACAGCGGUCAGCGGCCGGUGGACACGCGUCCGCACGCUCGGCCGCGGCGCGUCGGGCGCGGUGGUGUCGCUCGCCGCCGACGAGGCCUCGGGGGCGCUCUUCGCCGUCAAGUCCGCCCCGGCGAGCGCGGAGGAGCAGCUGCGGCGGGAGGGGAGCAUCCUGUCCGCGCUCCGCUCCCCGCACGUCCUCCCCUGCCUCGGCUUCCGCGCCGCCGCCGGGGAGUGCCAGCUCUUCCUUGAGUUCGCGCCGGGCGGCUCCCUCGCCGACGCGGUGGCGAGGGGCGGCGGGCGCCUGGGCGAGCGCGCCGUCCGGGCGUACGCGGCGGACGUGGCGAGGGGCCUCGCGUACCUCCACGAGCGCGCGCUCGUGCACGGGGACGUCAAGCCCGCCAACGUCGUCCUCGGCGCCGACGGUCGCGCCAAGCUCGCGGACUUCGGCUGCGCCAGGAUGGCGGGCUCCGCGCGGCCCCUCGGCGGCACGCCGGCGUUCAUGGCGCCUGAGGUGGCGCGCGGGGAUGAGCAGGGCCCGGCCGCCGACGUCUGGGCGCUCGGGUGCACGGUCAUCGAGAUGGCCACGGGGCGCGCGCCGUGGAGCGACAUGGAGGACCUCCUCGCGGCCGUGCACCGGAUUGGGUACACCGACGCCGUGCCGGAGGUGCCCGCGUGGAUGUCCGCCGAGGCAAAGGACUUCCUGGCCCGGUGCUUCGCGAGGAACCCGCGGGAUCGGUGCACGGCGGCGCAGCUCUUGGAGCACCCGUUCCUGGCGUCAGCCGGCUGCGGCGUGAAGACAGAGGAGGUCGCGGCGAGAUGGGUGUCCCCCAAGAGCACGCUGGACGCCGCGCUCUGGGAGUCCGACUCAGAUGACUCCGAUGACGAGGGCGACGUGUCAGAGAGCCCCACCCAGAGAAUCAAGGAAUUGGCCGGCGCCUGCUCGGCCUUGCCGGACUGGGAUUCCGACGAAGGCGAUUGGAUCCAAGUGCUCAACGAGCAAUGUGAUAAAGCCUGCCAUUUAGUACCAGUGAAGGAGGCGGCCAGGGAGAUGGCCGGCGAAGACAAGCGCCUGUUGCUGCUUAGUGAAGCGUUGGAAACAAAGGUUGAUUUCAUCGACGCCGAUGCAGAGAGCGAUGAUCCUGAGUGUUCUGCAGCUGUAGGGUUAACUGCUCCGUCAAUUGAGCAGCAGGAAGAUUGCUGUAGCUGUUCUUGGAGUGAUCCAUCUGUAAUUGCUGUUGCGACCUGUCGCAUUGAAAUGUCAGACCAAUUUUUACUGCCAAAUUGUCUCAUCUUUACUCUAUCCUCUGUUCUACUAGCAGUACAAUUCAUUGUGCUAUAUGAUUAUCCGAUUCACACUGGCCUACUGCCGAGCUGCUGCCAGUGCGAUGCGACGAUUCCAGAGUCAUUGUUCUAG